AUGAACCGGCUUGGAGGGCCACCCGACCAAGCUACCGAGCCCGAGCUUCCCCAUUCAGUGUCCGGAGUACUGGCACUGAGAAGCAAUGGCCUCCAACCUAAGAGCGAUGGCCUCGCGAUGGCCUCCAACCUAAGAGCGAUGGCCUCCAACCUAAGAGCGAUGGCCUCCAACCUAAGAGCGAUGGCCUCCAACCUACUGGUACUGAGAGGCGUGCUUGAGAUCUCACCUCACAGCUUCACCGCCUCCGGCUUGACGACCAUCACACUCCCGGAGACCACGGAGUCGAUUGGCGACUCCGCCUUCGAGGCCUGCAGGAGCUUGAGUGAGGUGAGGAUGUCGGACUGUGUGAGCGAGAUUGGGGAGGGCGCCUUUGCCGCCUGCAGUGCCCUCGUGAGCUUGAAGCUCUCGAGGUCUGUGAUGAAGAUCGGAGGAUCAGCCUUUGCAGGGUGCAGUGCUUUGUCCAGCUUGAGCAUUCCAGACUCGGUGAUACAUCUUGGCCCAUCUGCACUGGAAAACUGCACUUCUUUGGGCAGGCUGACUCUUCCUGAUUCGAUGGUGUUCAUUUCUCCCUCCACCUUCGCUGGUUGCACUUCUUUGUUGAGCUUGACCAUCCCAGACUCCGUGCUUGAGCUUGGAGAGUCUGCGUUUGAAGGUUGCAUUGCACUGACAGAUGUGAGGAUCCCCAGGCAUGUGAGAGAGAUUGAAGAGUCUGUCUUCGCGGGCUGUCGUGCUUUGAAGAGCUUGACCAUCCCGAACUCUGUGAGCAGGAUAGGAGUAUCUGCCUUUGCAGGCUGUAGUUCCUUGACCAACUUGACUCUCCCGAACUCCAUCACUGAGAUUCAAACAGCUGCCUUUGCAGGUUGCACUUCUUUGACAACAUUGACCAUCCCAGAUGCUGUGGUCAAGCUGGGAACCUCUGCAUUUGCAGGCUGCAGUGCCUUGACCACUUUGACCAUUUCGAGCCCUGCAACUCGAAUAGGACUUGCUGCAUUUGCAGGCUGCAGUGCUUUGGGAAGUUUGAGCAUUCCAAAGCCUCCGACUCAGAUUGAUCCAUCUGCUUUCGCUGGCUGUCCUUCGCUUUGUCUUGCCGCCUUGCUCGAUGGAAGCACUGAACGUUAG